AUGGUGAACACCGACUCCUCCACUUCUGUUGCGACUGAUUCUAAUGCAAGUACUGUCGAACCUUCUUAUCCACUAUACCUUUAUCCAACUGAUAAUUCUGGAACUGUUAUUGUUGCUGAUAGGUUCAAUGGAAUGGGUUAUGGUAGUUGGCGUCGGGGAAUGUUGAUUGGCUUAUCAUGUAAAAAUAAGCUAGGAAUAAUAAAUGGAACAAUUAGCAAACCUAAUUCUAAUUCACCACUAUUUGAGGCUUGGUGCCGAUGCAAUGAUAUGGUGAUUGCUUGGAUUUUGAACAGUUUAGAAGCUAAAAUUCGAGAGAGUGUAAUGUAUACCGAGUCAGCUGCCAAACUAUGGAAAGAUAUAGAAAAACGUUAUGGUCAACCUUAUGGAUCCAAAGUUUAUCAAAUUCGCAAAUCUCUGUCUUCCAUUUCUCAAGAAAACUCAAACAUUGCUGCCUAUUUCUCUAGAAUCAAGAAAUUGUGGGACGAACUAGCCUACUCUAUCACCUAUCCUAAUUGUUGUGAGGCUCAAUCUUCAGCGCCUUCCUUUUCUCCUGAGACUGCCUCUUUCUCAACAAAUAUUCAGAAAUCAUAUCCUGGACCUGCUAAUGCUGCAAUGCAAAGCCCCUACCAACAGAAGGUUGUUUUUGAAUCCAAAAAGCCUAAUUUGGUAUGCAAGUAUUGCAAAAAACCUGGCCACACCAUAGAAAAAUGCUACAAACUGCAUGGCUACCCUAAUGGUGGUCCUCCUAACAGUUUUCAACCAAACAAAUUCAAGAAGACUGCAGCUUAUGCUCAUGUAUCAGAUUCUCAGAGUGCAGUUACUCUUGAUGCUCCUAUCCCUGAUAGUCUUUCUGAACAGUCUCCCAACAAUAAUCAUGGCUUUACAAAGGAGCAAUAUGAGCAACUGUUGAACUUGUUCCAUCAAACCAAGAUCUCACCACAAGACACUACCAUUUUUGGAUAUGCCAAUUUUGCAGGUUUGGUGCACUGUCUUGAUGUUAGAAACUGUUGUGUUUUUACUUGCAAUGUGUCUAGAUUAGAAGGUGAUCCUUGGAUAAUAGAUUCUGGUGCAACAAAUCAUAUGACACCUAACAAAUCUCUCUUAAUCAACCUGAAACCCCUAGUAAUUCCUUACUUAAUGAUCCUGCCAAAUGGUUAUAGGGUUAAGGUGACUUGUUCAGGAUCCUUACCCCUGUCUAGUCAUAUAAUUCUACAUAAUGUCUUGUUUGUGCCUUCUUUUCAAUAUAACCUGAUUUCUUUACAUCAACUUNUUUCUACUGGUGUGCAACCUGUUCCUCCUUCUUUUGAUUUUGAUAUGUUUUGGCAUCUCAGACUUGGUCAAACGCCUUUUAAUAAAAUGAAAUCAAUUUCUCAUAUUAAAGACAAGUUGUCCAAGAAACAGUUUUUUGUUUGUAAUAUUUGCCCUAUGGCUAGGCAGCAAAGGCUUUCUUUCCCUGAUAGUACUAUUAAAACCACCAGCCCUUUUCAACUUGUUCAUGUAGAUUUAUGGGGCCCUUAUCAUACUCAAACCUACAAUGGUUUCAGAUAUUUUCUUACUAUUGUGGAUGAUUUUUCAAGGGCCACUUGGACUCAUUUACUUUCUACUAAGUCAAAUGCCUUCACCCUUUUGAAAUCUUUCAUAUUUUUUGUUCAAAAUCAAUUCAACUCUUCUGUUAAGACACUUAGGUCUGACAAUGCAUUUGAGUUGGGGUCUAGUGCUGAAGCUGCUUCAUUUUUUUCCUCCAAGGGUAUUAUACAUCAGACUUCUUGUCCACACACUCCACAACAAAAUGGAGUUGUGGAAAGGAAGCAUAAACAUCUGUUAGAGACUGCUAGAUCUCUCUUGUUUCAAUCUAAGUUGCCUCUCAAGUAUUGGGGGGAGUGUCUUCUCACUGCUACUUACCUUAUUAACAGUAUGACUAAGAAGGCGGUGCUCAACUUAACCAAGCACAAUGUAUUUUUUUCUAGAGAUGUUAUUUUCCAGGAGUCUGUCUUUCCUUAUACUAUUUCUUCUCCCCCUACUUUCUUUCCUCCUUCCACCUCUACUUCUGCUGAUUAUUCUGUUUCUCCUACUAUUUCUACUUCUUCUCCUGUUUAUCCUACUGUCCCUACUUCUUCUACCUCCUCUUCUGGUGAUCCUCCUGUUUAUUUAAGGAGGUCCUCCAGACCUCAUAUAACCCUCCAUCACACCUAA